AACUGUAAAAGCAGCACUGCCUCCUCCAAUUCUGAAGAUUAUUGUAUGGCAGUGUAUCAUAUUGCCGGACACCUUUAUUUCAGUGCUUUAAAAGUGACAUCUAGAGGAAAUACAAUCAAGAAAAAUUUGCACUUGCUAUUCCAAAUAUGAAAUUAUGAAUAUAAUAUUAAUAAAAUUAUUUUAUAUUUUUUACCAACCGUUUUCGUUGCAUCGCACUUGCUUGUUCAUUGAAUGAGUGCUUGCCGCAUACCUACCCCUCAACGAAAAACAAUCAUUUUCUUGCGUGACAAAUUACAUCAUGAUGCCGGAUGGGUAAAGCUGAAGAAUCUGGAGAAAAGAAUGAUGUACGUGUGACCCUUCGACCAGCAAGAGAGAUCUGCAUUCCUUAUGAUCAGAUUAAAUUUAAGGAUAAGAGAAUACUGCAAGUUUCAUUUGGUGAUGUCAUCCUAUCUUACCUGUGUCCUCAAGACGUUGAAGGAAUGAUUGAUGAAAAGAGUGAAAUCAAGGAAGCCAUUACAACUCAUUCGGAUCUACUGCCAUGCAUUUAUGAAGGUGGACUGAAAGUCUGGGAAUGUUCCGUAGACUUGGUCCAGUAUUUGCAGGACCUGGACCCAGCAUCUUUCUCUGGUCAAAACAUCUUGGAGCUUGGAUGUGGAGCAGGUCUACCAGGGAUCUACUCUCUACAGAAAGGAGCUACUGUCCAUUUUCAAGACUAUAAUGAAGAGGUCUUGGAACUCUUGACCAUUCCGAACGUCCAGCUGAAUACCAAACCAGAGGUCUACAAUAAAAGAUGUCAUUUCUUAUCUGGGGAUUGGAGUUUAGUGCAAGAUCUAUUAUUGAAGAGAGCCACCAGGUAUGAUGUUAUUCUGACUUCAGAGACCAUAUACAGCUUAGACUCACAACCCAGGCUUUACAACAUUAUCAGAAGCGUACUCAAACCAAAAGGCAAAGUAUAUCUUGCUGCUAAGACGCAUUACUUUGGUGUAGGAGGUGGAACGAGGCAGUUUGAAGAGUUUGUAAAGGAGAAGGGAGAAUUUGAGAUAGAAUCUGCUAAAGUUAUCAGGCAGGGAGUGCAGAGAGAGAUACUCGAAAUGCGAUUCUUACGGCCGGAGACGAAGGACUUCAAAACUUCAUAGCAGAUCUUUAUUUGUCAGCACCUUGGAAUCGAUAUUGAUAUUCGGUUUCAAUAUGCCAACUCAUCUUGUCUUCAUGCUUGCCCGUGAAAGAGGAGGCAUGUUUAUCUCAGUCAGAAGAUGGGCUUGGUACGUAUUGCAAUCCACUUAGAUUUCCACAUGGUGCACUAGAGCCAUUGGCAAGGUGUUUAUCCUCAUUCCAGGUCCCUCGGAGAGGACCUUAAACCAUUGUUCCUCUGGUGGCUCGCUUACGAGGACUCACAAUUUCUUAGAAGUCGGGUGAUGAAUCACUUCCACCAUACUACCACACAUGUGAAUGUGUAGAUGCGCCCUGCUUUUUAGGAGGACUGACUAGACUCCACAUGAUGGAUUCUCUUUGUCAACGGUCAUGUGACUCUCCUGGGCCGUCACAUCUGAAAGUGAAGCAACAACCUGAGGUUGAUGAUCUAAAUACAUUUCUGGGAUCCAUUUCAUAAAAUUGUUAUAAGAACGAAUUUGCAAUAACAGUUAGAAGCUACUGAAAUCUCUCUGUCUGAUUGGCUGAUGGUAAAUUUGUUAUAGAAAUUUUCUGCAUUUGUUACUAUAGCAAGGCGUUAUGAAACAGCAACCUGGCUUGCACCCAGUAAAUGAAAUGGCAUCUACGAUCUGAAAAUAAGUCGGGAAAAAUCUUGGAACCAGCAGGAUGUAAAACCUGCCAUUUAAUGCUUGCCGGACAAUGACACAACCGCCAUGCCAUCAUCACUGGUUCUUAGGAUGCUCAUGAUGCCGUAUCCAUAAAUACAUCUCCUUGAAUUUUGGAAUGAGGAACUGAGCACAGGCUGUCAACGGGUGUUAUCCUGUCGGAGAUUAUUAACAAAAAAUGUUUGAAGGACAGCCUCAUAUCGAGUUGAAGCAAUGCCAGAUUUGACAAAGAGUCAUGGACUGUGACUGUGCCAAGGAUAGAAAGAAAUGGAGAUCAGAAGUGCGUUUCAAACUCAAAGAAAGAAGCAUAGUGAUGAUAAGACAGGAAUAACAUUUUUUUUCUGGGGAUUUGCUAAAAAAAUUCCUGACAUUUGACCACCAUCCCCAGUAAAUCAGCGGAACAACUGAUGCUGCCGUCAGAGACUGAACUUUUUGGUCAAAGUGAUGAGCUGCGGGCAGCCAGAAAACUGUCAAAAAUGAACACAAACGACUUGACAGAUUACUUCAUCUGCCCCAUCUGCUUGAAAUAAAAUGUAUAUUGAGGAUUGGUCUCUUCAGGCUUUCCAAGAAAAAUUAGCAAGCACACAUCAUACUCGGAGGGAUAGCUAAGAGAUGACAAGCAAGCAAAGCUGUGAGUGAGGCGAUGGAUUUAGACCGUGAGCUAUUACUUUGGUACAGGUAGGGGAGUGGAGCCCACCAAUCUUUUAAUAAAAUUAUUUUGUUACAUUUUUGUUUAUUACCUUUCCUCAUUUGAUUUGGAUUGAGUUCUUUGAAUGUAAUGUAUGAGUCACUUGUCUUCAUUCAAUUUCAUUAUUUUUGCUACACUUCUCUUAUACCUUUUUUAUUGGAUAUACAUAUAAACGGUAACUUGUAUGAGUCAACGUUCCAAAGUUAAAUAUUCACCAAAGUCGAAGUAAUACUAGAUUAAGCAAACCGUGUGUAACAUGGAUCAUAUGUAUCCUAAUUCAAGCACAUUUCUGUUGUCCCAAGACUGAUUGAUAAUAUUUGUCAUGAUUGUGUCAGUUGCAGUUGAAAUUGUUACUGUACAAAAAGAAUCACAACAAUGGAAAAGAGGACAAAGUAAACAAAAUAAUAAAUUAUCUUACAUAUCUUGAAGAGUCAUUUCUGUUAUAUUCCACAGAUACUGCAUAUCAUUAUCGAAAUGGGACUGUGGAAACUCCUUAAAUUAAAGUCCACAAUGUUUGCGAUGACAAAAGUGAUGUUGAAAAUUAGUAGAUGAUUACAAUCUAGAGCUGUAGUGAGUUAAAAUGUCUGUGAAUGGGUUGAAAAAUGUUCUCAAGAACAAGUUGAUGGUCUUGGUGAAAACUGAGAAU